UUAAGAAGGGAAGUAGCCCGGCUCCGGGAAAAAGAUUUAGAGACCGGAGACCGAGAGGGGCUUCCGAAAGAGAUUUUGGUUAAAAUUUUUCUCCUUUGCUUCUUCAGAUCAUCCAAUCUCUCUCUCUCUCUCUCGCGCUCUCGCUCUCUGUCGCUAGGCUAUCGGAAUUCGGAAUACAAGGAGAGGAAGGGAUUUGGGAGGGAUGGAGUGCUUGUGGGAUCGGGUGGUGAUUCCGAUGAGGCAAGUCUGGAUCAACGUGGCUACACGCAUCGGCGUUCGGAAAACCGGAUUGUGGAAGCUGAGGAAGGAGGUGAGGACGUGCGAGUACGAGGACUUGCACGUGAUGUGGGCGAUGCUGCGGAAGACUGAUACCGAGAUCGGGCGGUAUCCGCCGGUGGGGAUGGGUGGUGAUAGCAAGAUCCAACGGCGGAGGAGGAGGCAUCACCGGAUGGGGAGGGGGAGGGGGAGGGGGAGGGGGAGGAGCGGCGUGUGGACGGCGGUGCUCGAAUGCGCUCCUUAUAACCUCUGCCGCUCCUUCUAAUGGGAUCGGAAUAUUCCGGAUGAGUGCGAUAUCAAGUAGCUGGUCUCGGCAACGGAGAAGCCGUAUUUUCCUACUUUUCUCACCUCCGCCUGCUCCUGCUACAAUCUGUGUGGCACCUGGUAGUCCCUUUCUGCGAUUUCUGACUCUCUCUUGUACAUACACCGAAGCAAUCGAGGGGGCGGGUUGCUUCUUCUU